GUGGCUUCAUUGUGCGAAGACGACGACGUGACGUUUAUGUGGACCACACAGCUCAGCCACGUGUGAACAGUGCUGUGGGGGAACCAUGCCGAGCCCAGCCCAGGAGGAGAGUGGGCCAAACCCAGUGAGCACCCAAACCGCACUGGAAGCAUCAGCCAAUGACACGGAUUCUACUGAGCCAGCACCAAUUGAAGCAGGUGCACAAGAAGGGAGGAAUGCAUCCCCUGAGGAGACGAACGGAACCCAAACUGAUAAAACGCUGGCAGAUAAUUCACUUCAACAAGCUGCGGCGACUGUCGAACCCUCAGACAACACUGAAGGGAUGAAGACUGAUCAGGGUCCAAAGACAAAUCCUCCAUCAGAGUUGACACCCGAUGCAAACAAAGAUGCCGGGACUGAAGAACAAAAGUCAAAUAAAAAGGACAGGCGUUUCCCCUCCAAGAAAGCCAUGGUAGAUCCUCUGAAGAUGGACAUGACCAAGCCAGUGGUUAUGCCGCUCACAUCAUCGGAGCUCUCCCUGCAGUGCAUCGAGUGUCACAUCAUCUUCAGUGACUCCAAGAGCAAACAGCGCCACCUGAAGUUGAGCCAUCCAGUCGAGUACGAGCAGUGCAUCUUGAGGAAUUCGGUUUUCACCUGCUACCACUGUGACAGCCACUUCACCAACUCCACGGAGCUCAGGGCCCAUCAGAAAACCCACGUCGAAAGGAAACCCUUCAAGUGCCCUCUAUGCGGCCAGGCCUUUAAAAGGUUAUCCGAGCUCACGCUUCAUAAUAAGGUUCACAUCGGGCAGGAUGGUUACACCUGUCCCGACUGUGGCAAAACAUGCAAAACGAUAACGCUGCUGAAGUACCACAGUCGCGUACACACUGGAGAGAGGCCAUAUGUUUGCAAGGAGUGUGGGAGCAGGUUCAGCCUGUCCCAAACACUGCGGAAACAUAUGCAGUCACACUUGCCGGAAGGUGCCCAAGAAGCGGGAGAUGCCGCAACCAAAGCGCAACGGAAGAAAGAGCUUGAUGCCUUAAAAUCCAAGUAUCCCUGCUCUGUUUGCAAGGCCACUUUCAAGAGUCCCAAGACACGCCUUCGUCAUCUCACAAACAAGCACAGUGUAUCACUCUCUUUGCUUGGUAACCCCCUGCGAGCAAGGUCACACGUAAAUCAGUUUACUCCAGUAAUAAUGCCGAUAUCCAUUUCUCAACCAUCGUUGCUACAGUUGGAGCCCAAUGGGCCUCUUCAGAAAGUAGACGGCAAUAUUGACACAGAGCCAAUACGCAGGCUUAUUGAAUCUUUGGGAAAUGUCCAGAAAGUAAACCAAGUUGUGAUUUUGGGUCAAGUGCCUCCUUAUGCCCCAGCAUUGGAAGUUCAACAGAUGUCUGAGCUGUCCAAUUCAGUCAACCUCAGACCACUCCAAUCACAUUCUGUGGGAUUGAAACCAGCGGAAUCGAAGACGGCGGAAGGAGACUUUUCAAACAACUCCUGUGAUCCAAUGGCGCAAACAAUCAUACUGGAACCGAUCACGCCAGAUGGACAGUUCAUCAACCCGCCCUUCUCAGACUUGAGCUUUGGAGCCAGAUUGGAACCAGAGGGAGAGGUGAUGCAUCAAAUUAAUCCACAACCUGGGAUUAAUACAACAAACUUCAAUGCCUUUGAGCCAUUGAUUUUCCAUAACGAAGGAACAGAUCACAAGGAAGACCUUGAGCAAACUAUCAUAUUGGAACUAACCCCUGCCCUGUCACCAACUGCUGAGCUGCAACAAUCACAAAAUGAGCCACAACCAGAAAUCCCACCACCUUCACUGGUACCAACCACAGAACUGGAGAAAACUUCUUAUCAAAGUAUCGUAAAUGAGCAUAAUACUGGCACACCAGUCCCAUCUUUAGGGCCUACAGUUGAGCAGCACUUGACAUCUUUACAAAGCGAAGUCCCAUUGUUAGGGCCUAUAGUUGAGCAGAACCUGACAUCUUUACAAAGCAAGCAACAACAUCUCCCAGCUUCCACUUUACCCUCAUUAUAUGCACCCACACAAGCUUUAGGAGAACCUGGAGCUAACUCACAGGAGAGGGCUCAAUCACAGACUCAAAAACUCAGUCAAGUUCAGGUGGACUCAUCAUCCAGCAGUGGAACCCCUCAGGAGUCUGAAGAGAAGCCUUCACAAGAGGAAGAAUCACCGGUUAAUCGAAAGGACGACAAAGAUCAGAUGGAAAGUCCGUCUGAUUCCAUCGAUACUUCUGCUAAAAGGAAGGGCCCUUCACAAUCAUCCGGAAAGCAGGGACCACAGACGUCAGAGUUACCUGUGAAUUUAAUGUCAGCCCAAGAGCUUGUGAAAGUACGCAAAAGAAAGCCAGCCAGGGCCUUAAUCAUACAAGGUUAUAUGCAAGAACUAAUUGGGUCCAUACUUGAUGACGAUUUACAAAGUGUUGGCAAACCAGCCAAACGCAAAAAAACAAAAAAGUCUCAUCUUUCUAACUUUAGCCCACAAAAGAAAGAGAAGAAAAACAAAAAACAAGGAGUGCCUUCUCAGCAAUGCCAAUCUCUCCAAAAAGAACCUAUAGUCGGUGGUGCAUCAAAUCUGUUAGAGAAUAAAGUUCCAUCGAAGAAGGGAAAAAUUGCCAAUAAAAAUAAAAAAGCAAAGAAGAUUGCAUCUUCAGCUGAAGUCAGUAUGUCACCAUUAACCAAUGAUUCACAAGGGAAAGAGAAAAUAAGCAAGAAAAAAGAAUAUGCUGCAAAAGAUCAGCAUAAAAAUAAACAAAAGGCUACAAUUAAAAAGAAAAUGAAGUCUAAAAUAGUGCACAAAGGUGGUCCCAAGAAUACAAAAGUAACAAAGAUGACAAAUAAAGAGAGAAAGAAAAAACAAGACACAGCGAGCCCAAAAAAGAACCGAACCAAAAGCCAAGCAGAGUCACCUGGCAAACAAGUAACACAAGACUCCCUCCUUUUGCUGAAAGGUCAUAAGCAGCCCCAGCUGAAGGUUCACAAAUUGGAUCCUUCCAAAACAUCUGGGCAAGAAACAUCACCGAGAGAUAACUCAUCCCAGCACAGCAAAGACAACCGGGCAAAGCCUAAAACCAAGACUGCAAAAGAUCCCAGCAAUGUUGGUAAGAAAAAAGGGAAACCCAAAAAGAUGUCAUUGCUGGCAUUUCUAAAUGCAUCCCAUCAAUCAAGUGAAACCCAGCUUGUCAAGCCAAAGACCGUUCGGAAACGCAAAGCUUCUUCAAACAUUGAGACUGAAGGGGUGAUAACCUCCGUGCAUUCCAAGCGAGCUUUAGAGUGUAAAAACUGUGGGGAGGUGUUCAGUGAAGUCGCCUCACUUCAGAAGCACAAGGCAAUGGUGCAUAUUUUAGAAAGUCCUGAACUUACAUACACAAAUGGGAACAUUUUUGAAGGGGUGCCCAGAUUAGAUGUUUGCCGUCAAGAACGAGUAAUUCGACUGAUGAAUCCGACCACAGGUUGGGAUAUUGAACCGGAGAUGGCAUUAGAGGACAGGGAACAAAGUGUCUCUUUUCCUGCUUUGAUUCCAUCUCCAUCUUUGCCUGCUCAACCUGCUGAUGAAGGCAGUGUUCAGCUUCCUGUCUCUCUGAAACCAUUAGAUCUGCUGAAAAACAAGACUUCUAGUCUGAAUCCUCCAUUCGAUAGCACCACUCAAAUGAAGCAAAAUGAAUCUGUGCUGUCCAUAGACAAACAGCAAGAAAAACGUGCGCCCAAGAACCUCUGUUUAGAAUCAGAACACCGGGCCCCCAUAGAAGAGGACACUAAGGAGGAUGCUAUUUUUGGGGUAGAUCUUGUUACAGUCGGGGAACAGAAUGAAAGUAACAGCGUGGCUUUGCUUCAAGACAACCUUUCCCAAAGUGAAUCUGUUGAAGAUGCCAGUUCUGAAGCAGCUCGCUCUGAAAACCCAACAGAGGAUCAUGCAACAAUUGUGAGAUGUUUUCAGUCGGUGUCUUGCUCCACGCAGCAAAAUGGAGUUAAAGAUGAGGAAGAAGAGGUGUUAGUCCAGAGGAAAACCGAAGCAGGUAAAGGGUUUAAACAACGAGGAGCGCAUCUAAGAUUGGACGAGAUGUCUAGAUGUUUGGAACAAGAUGCUGCUUUGGAAGCUGUAUUGGAGAUGGAACAGGGAGAUUGUCAGGUCAUUUACGAAAAAGUCAAGAGUAAUUCCCAAAUUAAUGAAGAUGAGACCACUGCACAACCUUCCGUUACUGAUAUUCAUCCGGGACCUGAUCCCCAUAGAGGCCCUUCUAAUGCCUCUAGUACUCCCCCAACACCCACGAUUUUGGAUGAAUCCGGUGUAUCUCAGGGAGAGCCGGACAGGGAGAGUCAGCCAUCUCCAGGAAUCUAUCUUGAGAAGAUUGUCACAGCCGAACCCGUGUUGGCUAACAGGGAGCCUCACAGGCAGACUGAAAGAAGGGGUUUGAAAUGCACCGCUGAGAAUAAGAUGCAACCACUGAUCAAGGUUGAGGAGAAUGCAUCAGAUCCACUGCUUGGUGCACCCUUGAGUCAAAAAGAGAGCGGCAAAUCAGGAGCAGGCAUGCAGCCACAGCAGAACGGAGACAUUCGGGCGGUUCUGGUGAAGCAGGAGAGUCGAGUCAUGCUUGAUGACACCCGAUCCACACCGGAUAGCAGACACAGCCAAUGGAAUGUGGAGCAAGUCACUGAUCGAAACUCUGCCAGCCCACUCACAGACACCGAGGAGACGUCCAGUGACUGCCACCUGUCCCCUGACUUAAGCAACAAGCAGUGCAUCUUCUACCCGGUGAAGGCAGAAGAAAGGGAGCUUCCCCUGGGUGCUGCUCACACGACCGGUGGAAGCCCAGAAGCAUCCACUGAUGUCAGACAGACUCUACAUCCAGCCACAGAUGAAGGCACUCCGCAAGACAACCAUGAUUUGAGAGGACCAGAGAUGAUGGGUGUUCAUGACUUUGCAGAUGGACAAGCCGAAGCAGAGUUUCAGAAUCCACCGGACAUGCGGCGCUUUCUCAUCCAGAGUUCUGAUGAAGAUCAUACAAGAGGUUCGGCGUUGUCACAACCUCAUGUUGACACAGAAGCCAAAGUCCUGGCCCAUUUCAGCCAGAAUCAAGGCAACUGCUCACACCAAGCAGACGUAACAACACAAACGGUGUUCCAAGCAGCACCGAGAGAGGCCACAGAACCUAUUGAGUACUUCUCCAGGUACUUUGGCUGGGACACCUGGGUAGAAAUGGCCCACUGCACCAAUCAAACAUCUGACUCUGUCACCGCGGCAGAAGUAGCCACGUUUGUUGGGAUCCACAUUGCAAUGGGAACUUUGAAGUUUCCCAGUCCACGACUCUACUGGGACAACUUGACGAAGGUGCCCUUGAUUGCGGAAGCCAUGGCGCUUCCCCGCUUCCUUCAGCUGUCGCGGUUGUUGAAGCUUGCCUCACCUGCUAAGGAUCCACUUAAUAUGAGAGAAAGAACUCAUACUGACUUUUCUCGUCAUUCCGCUAACAGGAGCGGCCAAAGGCGAUUGCCAAAUGACUCUGUGGACCCUUUGUGGAAGGUUGUGCCAUUAUUGUGCCGUUUCCAAAAAGGCUGCCAAUCAUUUAGAAGACUGGGUGACUAUGCAGUGGAUCAGUAUUUAAUUCCCUUAACUGGUAAGGUGCACAAUAACAGGCUGGCUCUGCAUAGCACCGCAUUGAUCGGAUUUGGGGGUUUGCUCCUGCAUUUGGAUCUUAAAGCAGAUCUAUUGGACAAGGAAGAUGCCGUCGAGAAAAUGGUCCCCAAAGGCAGUACUGUGUUUCUUUGCAAACAAGAACUCUCCACUCCCGCUAUGCUCGAGGGCCUCCUGGUGGCCGGGAUCCACGGUGCUGGCCGAGUGGGCGGCGCGCAGGGCCAGAUCGGAGAUGAGUUCGUGAGCUCAGACGGCAAGCUGAUGCUGCGCAGGUCGAACCGUGGCUUCAUUCUCUCCACGGUGGGAAACGGUCACAGAAACAUGGCCUCUCUUAUCAACAAGUUUGAGAAAGCCCAGGCGGCAGUUCGCCUCAACAGAGAUUUGUUGAAUCUUUACUCCAUCCCGGUUUCCACCUCACCAACAGGCUGGCCUCUCUCUGUGCUCUGGUACCUCACAGAUUUGGCUUUGGUCAACUCAUGGCUCUUGUACAGACACGAUCAGAUGGCCACAUCUGCCCCUUUGUCUCUUAUGGACUUCAGAUUGGCCGUUUCCAAAGCCUUGAUCCAUUCCAGCGGGUCAGACCCUCAGAACUCUGUCCUCCCUCAACCCUCCCCGGGAAAAGCUAAUGCGAGAACCGACCCACCGAAUCCCGGCACAGUAGAGGAAAGCCCUCUCCCCGAUGCGGCCACACGGUACGACGGUUCAGGCCAUUGGCCAGAGCAGCUAGCCGAAGGCGAAGGAGGCAGGUGUCGUUUCGGCGACUGUCAGAGGACGUCGCGAGUUCUGUGCCUCAAGUGCUGUGUCUUCCUCUGCAUCUCGCGCAACCACAACUGCUUUUUGAAUUUCCACAGCCAGGCAAGUGCAGGAAAUACCUAGCACCAGACCUUUCAGUCUUACUUUUCUGUAUGUUACUAGUUUGGUGACAAAUGAAGUCACCACAACAAACUAGCGGUGUCACAAUAUUAAUUAAUUGAGAACAGUGAUACAAACACUACAGCACUAGUAGUUCAGAAGCUAGCUGUUACCUGAUUCAGCAACAUUUAGUUUCUCCCCCCCCCCCCCCCCCCCUCUUUUGCACUA